AUACUAUAUAUCAUUGCCCGUCAUACGUGCAUAUGUAUAUACCUGUAUUUAAAUUCAUCUGUCAGUCAUACCUCAUCUAAUAUUCAAAUACAGCAUUUGCACCCCAUCCGCCCCAUUUGCUCCUAGUAUACACACACCAGCUUUUAUUACAUGUUAUACGCCACGGUAUUCAUAUACAUACAAAGGUACAUACUGUUACGAACUAUCUUAAAAUUCAUGCAAUUCCGCAGAGCUUCUAAAACUAAGAGCUCAGUUAUGUUUUGAUCGCUCUGGCGCAUAGUUAAACUAAAUUAAUACUCUCCUUAAAAAAAAAAAAGGUUUAAUACAAACCAAACCCCGAAGCUUUGCUUGCGAGUGCAUAAUACAUACCUACGCUCAGAUAGGUAUACCUAUGUAAGAUAAUUGUGGAGUUUGUGCAAUGUGGCUCCAGCUAUUCAUCGUCGCUUUGGCUUUUCUUGCCGCCUGGUUAUACAAGCUAAAUCGGGAUUAUUGUGUAAUGGCAUUUUUUGCCAAGCGCUUAAAAACCGUUGACGGUACACCGCUGGAGCAUAUUGUGCCGCAGGCGAAGGCGGAGACAAUAUUUGCAAAUGUUUUCGAUUAUUUUGGCGCUGAUAAUGUUGUACUCUUCGAUAGCUGUCGCAUUUCAGCGACCACUCUGCUUAAAAGCUAUGUGGAAUAUGGACUAUUUACGACUUUCUAUAAUGUAAUUACCGCCGAAGAUGCUGAAUUAUUGCUGAAUGAUAAGAAUCUGAUUACGAAAGGUAUUGCAUACAAUUUCCUCGAACCAUUCCUACACACGGGUCUACUGACAUCAACAGAUAAAAAAUGGCAUACGCGCAGAAAAAUGUUAACACCCGCCUUUCAUUUCAAUAUACUUGGACAAUAUGAGGAGGUUUUCAAAGAGGAAAGCCAAAAAUUCGUGGAUCAAUUAGAAGCCAUAAAAACUGACGCAGUCACUGUAAAUGAAAUCAUACCGAAAUUUACAUUAAAUAGCGUUUGUGAGGCAGCUUUGGGUGUCAAACUGGAUGAACAACUUGAUGACCAAGAAUAUCGUGCGAGUUUUAAAAUGAUCGAGGAAGCUUUUGUUGCACGUAUUCGUAAUCCCUUCUAUAUGAUCGAUACUAUAUAUGAUAUUUUUAUGGCACCUAAAAUGGAGAAACAUCUGAGAACCGUACAUGAUUUCUCCAGUAAUAUCAUACACAAACGCCGACAGUUAUUUGUCGCAGAGUUGGAGCAUAGUCCGGUUAAGCAGGCAAAUGAUGAAAACAUCGGUUUUACUAAAAAGAAGCGCUACGCCAUGUUGGACACACUAUUACAUGCCGAACGUGAUGGGCUCAUUGAUCAUGCGGGUAUUUGUGAGGAAGUGGACACAUUUAUGUUCGAAGGUUUCGAUACCACUUCGAUGGCGCUGAUAUUUACACUGAUGAACCUCUCGCUGUUCCCAGAAAUGCAGGAGUUAUGCUAUCAAGAGUUACUCGAGCACAUAGACAAUGAUUUACAAAAGCUGGAUGUCAAUGAUCUUGGCAAACUGAAGUACCUUGAGUGUUUCAUUAAGGAGACUUUGCGUCUGUAUCCCUCAGUGCCGGGCAUAAUGCGCAAAGUAAUGCGCGAUACCAGUCUUGCCAAUAACGUCUUUUUGCCCGCGGGCACUCAAAUCUCCAUACAUAUUUUUGAUAUACAUCGCGAUCCCAAGUAUUUUCCAGAACCAAACAGGUUCGAUCCGACACGUUUUACACCAGAAAACUCAGAGGGCAGGCAUCCUUACGCCUACAUACCUUUUAGCGCUGGGCCACGAAAUUGCAUUGGUCAAAAAUUUACCAUGUUGGAGAUAAAAACUUUGUUGGUUUAUAUGUUAAAGAAGUUUAAAAUUUUAUCACUAAUGGAUUCAAAAGAUUUGCGGUUUGAAACUGGCAUUAUUUUAAGGACACCAAACGCGAUCAAAGUGAAACUGCAGAAGAGAUCUAGUACCUGAUUCCAUCUUAGAACAUAUAAAAGCAUCCAGAAAUUGAAGCCAUUUCAUAUAACCAAUUUUAUGCCAAAACUUUAAAUGAAUUUAUAAAGAAAUUCAAUAUUAGAAAAUUUAAA